GAUAAACGGCUUCCGCUGCAACCGUUUUUCCCGACUGUAUAAAGCUUUGUUGACGUCUUUUUUGAGCUUUAAUCGUCAGAAGUACACUUUUGCUGGAUUAAAUCUGACUGGCUUUUGGACUGUAUUGGCAGUCUAAAAUCGGUAGGCUUUUGUCCUGUAUCGGCAGAAUAUCUGCUUAAGAAAAUGGUGAGGACAGCUGGUUUCGGUGCGGCGAUUUUCUUGUGUCUGUUGGGUUUACUGGCAUCGCAGGAUUCCUCUUCCUUUUCCCAAAGCAGCUCAAAGAGCUGCUCGGGAACAAACUGUUUUGUAUCGGGUUUCGUGUCAGUUUCUUCCGGAGGCUCUCCCCAGAUGACGAAUUCGUUUGCUCGGACGGAUCUGCGCGACCAGAACCAAGGGGAUCGCGUCACACCCAUCCGCUUCGCCGGUGACAAUGGUGACAGCCGACCGAAUUCCGGCGCGAUAGCUGUGACAGCUGCGUAUACGUCGCUGGGUGUUGCUGCACUAGCUUUACUGAUCUUUCGUCGAGCCGUUUGCUGUUAAAUAUGUAAUACAUUAUUUCAGCGUAGUUACAUUAUUAGUAGCGUAACUGGGCGCACAAUUCUAAUAACGAUAACUGCGUAUUCGAAUAAAGCAAAUGGUACGUCUUAAUUUUGAGCCUUUUUACACGAUUGUCGCUUGUAUUACGCAAUGAUCACGCGGACUGGUGAGUAAGGUAGGCAAUGGGAGCGUCGAAAUGUCUUCUAUCGAAUUAAUUUACUUGAUCACGAAGUUGCUGCAGAUAACGUCAAAAUCGAAUCCUCGAGCAUGCCAUUCGGUACACGGUGGUCACCGCCCGAGAUGUGCGGAAACAUCUUUUAAUGAACUCGAUGAUAGUUGUUCUGACGAUGACCGUUUGUGUGGCUAGCUUUUGAAACAGACCGGAUAUGUUUUAACUUGGUUUACCUAGUUGCAUAACAUCUCA